AUGUCCCCAGCCUUCCGGGCCGUACCCGAGGGUGCGCGCGUGGCUCCCGGCGCAGCCGAUGCCUUCCCUCGAGGCCCCGGACCCGCCGCCGCCCGGCCCUACGGUGUCCAACGCUGCCCGGCAGGGCGGGGCCGGAGCUGGCACUCGGGGUGCGCCUGGGCCUGCCGGCCAGUUGCGCAAGUUGUGCUCGGCGGCUAUAAGAGGGGCGGGCAGGCAUGGAGCCCUGGAGGAAUCGCGGUGCCAGCAGCUGCGAGGCCCGACACGUACAUCCCGGGAAGGAAAAUGCUUUGUGGACCCUUGUGCCGAUUCCUGUGGCUUUGGCCCUAUCUGUCCUAUGUUGAAGCUGUGCCAAUCCGAAAAGUCCAGGAUGACACCAAAACCCUCAUCAAGACGAUUGUCACCAGGAUCAAUGACAUUUCACACACGCAGUCUGUCUCCUCCAAACAGAGAGUCGCUGGUCUUGACUUCAUUCCUGGGCUCCACCCUGUCCUGAGUUUGUCCAAGAUGGACCAGACAUUGGCCAUCUACCAACAGAUCCUCACCGGUCUGCCUUCUAGAAACGUGGUCCAAAUAUCUAAUGACCUAGAGAACCUCCGGGACCUUCUCCACCUGCUGGCUUCCUCCAAGAACUGUCCCUUGCCCCGGGCCAGGGGCCUGGAGACCCUCGAGAGCCUGGGCGGUGCCCUGGAAGCCUCACUCUACUCCACGGAGGUGGUGGCCCUGAGCAGGCUGCAGGCUUCUCUACAGGACAUGCUUUGGCGGCUGGACCUCAGCCCUGGGUGCUGAGGCCUGGAAGACCUCUUGUCCCAAAGUCGAGGAGAGAACCCAUGGCUCCCAGGUGUCUUCAGCAGAGAGCCUGUGUGGGUGUCCUUUAUCCAGGCCCCAGGCCAUUAGUCUCUCACACCUUUGAGCCACUCUUCCAAAGGCAUAAGCCUUCAAGGCACGAAACCAAAGAUAGAAUGCAUGAUUCCGUGCUCACCGGGAAGGGAGACCCACCGGGCAGUGAAUGGGACCUGAGGAUCUCACAAAAGCCUUCCUUCCUGUGCCACCUCCCCUCUCACCGCAUGCUUCAGCGUGACCUGGGGUGAUUUCAGGAGGCACCCGCUGAGCCUUUGGACCAUCAAGCGAGGUUCUGUCUGAGAAUUCUGAGAACACCAUGACGGUUACAUCCACAUAGCUGCAAACUCCCAAGCAACACAUUAUUUAUUCUGCGUUUUAGCCUGGAUGGAUCUGAAGCAAAACAGCAGCUUUUCCAGGCUCUUUGGGGCCAGCCAGGGCUAGGGACGCUGCUUCCAGCCCCGCUGGUGGGCCUGGCUAAGGCAAACCCAUUUCUAUGUGACUUGAGGGCUCUCAAGUUAGUUCUUUGGUAACUGGUUUUGUUUCUACCGUGACUGAUGUGAAAUUACAGUGUUUGCAAUGGUAUUGCCCUGAGCAGAUCUCCAAGGACCAGGUUCUUCCAAAAAGAAGAUGAAUUUUGUCAAGUGUGAUAUAUAGAUGUGUGCACCUGGAGGUAGGGGAACGUGUUAGUGGGAAGAGGAAGGAUCAGAACGUAUUCUCUGAAUUACAUUUGUGUGAUGGGCUCUUCGGAUGGGGUGGAGUCAUUUUCUCAUCUCUGCAGCCACUUAGUGUGGUUUUCUGGAAAAUAACAAAGGAGAUGACUCCUUUGG